GGAUAUCUGGGAACUCUAGUCUCUUCACUCUUGUAUCACUACUGACAUCCAAGUACUGCUUGGUGUGCAACGUCACGGUCUCUCGAACAUCAAGCUGUAGCUUUAUUUCAGUAUUCUCAAGAUUUCUCCGUGCUGCUUUCAACCAUACCUGUAUACCCGUUUUAAUUGGAGCUUUUUCACUUUAUACUUCUCCCAUGAAUGUCUCCUUCAUGGGCGAAACGCAAAUAUCGACUCGCAGCUCUUCUUCAGUGCGAAUCGGGCGACGAGGACGCCGAAGGCCUCGCAUUGGACCGCAUACUGCAUGGCCAAUCUGUAAUAGGGAAAACAGCCAAGACGAAGGAGGUUGACUCGGUCAGAUUCACCGACAAGGAUCUCACCAUAGUCGGGACACUCGAAUAUGGUCAGUUCGCUGUGAUUGACGUUGUCAACUGCAGACUAGAUGGUCGUGUCUACGUACGUAAAUCCAUCGAGAAACGCUUUGCCUUCAAGACGCGCGAUCAAUGUAACCCUCAACUCGAGCGCGAUAUUCUCCUUCAAGCCGGCCUAACUUCUUCCGUCUGGUCGCCUCACUUGCUUUGUGCGUUCCAGACAUCGUCACAUCUUAAUCUUGUCAUGGAUUACGCCGAAGGAGGUACGCUAUGGGAUGUACUGGAGUCCAGUCCCCACGAAGGUCGCCUUUUGGAAGACGAUCUGAGAUGGUGGCUGCCCCAGAUGGUCAGUGCCAUCGGGUGGUGUCAUGAGCAGGGUUUCGUUCAUCGAGACGUCAAGCCGCAUAACUUCGUCAUUACACCGUCCUCUCAUGUACAGCUCAUCGACUUCGGUUCCGCCGCUCCCCUUCUACCCGCCCGUCCUUCUGGCGCUCGAUCACUCGCUCGUCAACAUUGUCUCGUACCAUGCGGGACAUGCGACUACAUCUCCCCCGAAAUCCUCAUAGCUCACGAAGCGGCACUCAUGGCAAUGGAGAUGGAAUCAAACAGUUCCACUUCGACAUCCUCUCCAAAAGGCCGCAAUCCACCUACCUCUAAACCGAGAGUCAAUGGUGAUGAUGAUCAUGAGGAGGGGACAUAUGGCGUUGAGACGGAUUGGUGGAGCAUGGGCGCGAUGGUGUAUGAGCUGAUUUAUGGUGUGGCGCCGUUCUUCGCGAAGGAUAUUCGGACUACGUAUUUGAAGAUCAUGGAUUUCAAAAGGAGCUUGCGGUUUGACAAUCGUGACAUCGACGUGUCUGCGGAGCUGGUCCAUUUAUUGAAGAGCUUACUGACCCAUAAUAUGGAUCGACUGGGUAGGACUGGCACCGAACAGGUCAAAGGUCAUCGAUUUUUCGUUGGAAUUAGUUGGAAGGGCCUGCAUACUCAACCCCGUCCCGAGAGCCUUCACACCCCACAAUUCAUAUAUACCGAUCCUCAAGCCCAGCCUGAAGGCGACGUUCCACAAAUAUCCUUCGAUCCUUCGUCAUCCUCCGUCUUCAACCAAUCAGAGUCGCGCUCAAAGUCAUCUUCCGACCGUUUCCAUUUCUCCGCAUUCUUCCAACCCUCGCUCUCGCAACAUUCAAUCCCGGAUCAAGGUCAACUUGAGCCUGCACCGGCAUUGAGCCCCUCUGGUGUUCACUCUCACGAGACACCCAGGCCCCCAGGUUCUAUCCUACGAGAUCAGGCGUCGUCGUACUUCAUCGGUUUUUCAUGGGGUCCUAAAGCCGACGCUUUCACUCUGAGUCAACCCUCCCAACCCUCCGACGAGCCACAACAACUCUCUCCAGCCGCCGGAGACAUAGACCUCCACACCACCACUCCCCGCGCCAACCGUCACGAUCCCUCCCCAACACCUCACAAGCCAUUCCUCGGCGCCUACAACACCAUCGGAACGUCCACGCCCUCCCGUCACCACCACCCACCGAUAACCCCCCUCCGCCGUCUCCAAACGCCACACACGCCACACCAACCCUUCGCCACACCCUACAACCGCAACACCAACCCCUACGCCCAAGGCCUGUCCACCAUCCGACGUACGGUCAGCGCCGCCGCCGGACCCGGGACCGCACCCCGACCUGCUCGUGCGGUCUCGGAUCGAGAGGCGAUGAGACAAUUGGUGGAUUGUAUAGGGCUGAGCGCGAGGAAGAAGGUGUUCGCGUCGGGGAGGACGCCUAGGUCUGUUAUUAAAGAGAUGCGGGCGGCGAACGGACAUCCGGAAAGUGGAGGUUCUGGGAGUGCUCAUUCGAAGGGGAAAGCACCGUUGAAGGCUUUGCGGUUCGUCCCAGCACCGGUCGAUAUCGCGGCGGGAAAGGCGAUCGGGCCAGGGAAGAAUAUCAUCGUCGGAGGGUCGAGUAUGAGUCUGGCUGAAGAUGGAGAGGACGUUGGUGCUGGAAACUCGAGCGCGGAUUCGAGUGGGAUCGCGGGAAUCAGCAAGAUUAACAGCAGUAGCAACAGCGGCGGGACGGGCAAUUCGCUCUCCGCCGGCGGCGGUGCCAACGCCAGCACCUCUCAACUCAACCACAGCGCGCUCUGGAAUCCCGACGACGGUGACGGUUCGGAUGAUAAUCUACACCGUCGGGACGUGGUCGCGGAGCGGGUGAUCGUUCUCGGUGCGAGCACGAGCACGAGCGGAAGCUCUGUCCCUCCGAGUCCGAGCCCCAGUCCCAGGCCCGGCUCCGCGAUGUCGUUGUUAUCGAGGCGGAGUGCGACGCCGACUACGGCCACGGGCACUUGGUCGUUGAGGUUGCCCGUCAGUGCGAGCGGUAGUGGUGGGUUGAGACCGAGCUCGCCGUGGUUGGCGUCAGGGAGUAUGAGCAGAAGCAGGAGCAGGAGCUUGUCGGAACAGGCGAAUAGGAUGGACGAGAGCGCGGUUUCUAGGAUUUGGGAGGGUGAGAGCCAACAUGGAGCUGGUGGUGCUAUCGGGAUGAAUGACGAGCAGGGGCAGGAAGAAGAGGAGCAUGAGCAGGAGCAGGAAGUCCCGACGCCGCGUCCACCCAAGAGGACUGAACUCAGUCCUCCGCACAGUCACCAUCACGAUAGACCUCAACACAAGAACCACAAACCUCCCAGAGACUCAGCCUACGACGCUAACGCACGCCGGAGCACUGCAGACCCUCGAUCCAAGUCACCUCCCCAUUUCGUCUUCGGCGAGCCCAACAACGCGAGCAGUCCACCUCGUCCACCUCGUCCCGAGACUCAACAGCAACGCCACCAUCAUCACCAGCCCCGUCGCUCUUCCAAUCCUGCCAGGACUACGACCACGGCCACGACUAAGCCUGCGACUACGACCACGGCUCCGUCCACGGCCACAACAAGCCAACCAACUCGCCCUCGUCCUCGACUUCGCACAUCCUUCGAGAGGUUAGACGAACUAGAUCGGAGGUACGAAGCGCUAAUGGAGGACCUCGCCACGCUGGAAAAGAGGAUGUCAUCUGCGCGGAGGCGGGCGGCGACGAUAAGUGAUUAUCGCACCCGCCUGUCUUGA